UUGUAGUCCACAUAUAACAGUAUAUAUAUGUGUGUAUUGAAGAGAUGAAGUGCUUUUAAAUGGCAUUAUUAUAUAGAUUUACGAAACUGAAUGAUAGGAGUAAUACCGGAGUCUUUACAUUCAUAGUGACCCGUACUGUGACCAGAGAUGUCCACCGAGACGCCACCACCAAAGACUUCGCUUACGGCUAUCACCGAUGGGCGCUGUCCUUCACCCGAAGCAAUGAUAAAGUGCUCGGCGUUUAUCUUAUAUUAAGAAAUCCGUCACCAAAUACCAAAUGUUUGGCCGAUUAUACGCUAACUCUACUAAAUAGAGAACAUUUCAGCAAAAACGAGUCGUUUGCCCAAAAACAGGCCCUCUUUACUGUUGAACAGCCAGCACAGGGUGUAAGCAAAUGGAUGCUGUUAUCAGAGAUCGUUAGCCGUAAGUUUGGUGACGAAACCGCAGAGUUUUUGCUUGAGUUGUCUUUAGGCAACAUUAUGACAGUCUAUGAGACAGACAUUCAGAUAACAGGCGGCGUUCAGACAAAAGCAGCCAAACUGGAGACACCGUACUUCACAUUUGGAUCGUUUGAUUGGAAUAUAUCUAUUAUCAACCAAUUAUAUUCAACUACUGGUGCCAACAAUGAUUUAGACCAACAACAACAACACCACCAACACAUACAACAAUACAUUGCCAUUGUAUACCUGAGCCGAUUGACUGGCUUUGAGCAUCCCUGUAGAGUACAGUAUCGAUGCAUCCUUGGCGAUGGCAAAUACAAAGAAGAUUCCGGUAUUUUGGAUCAGAUAUCAGACGUUGGCGGAAGAAUACGUGGCUUUCAAUUAAGGGGACAUUCGUUUCAAGACUUAUCAAAACCUCAUGGAUUUGUUCGCAUAUAUCUCGAACUGUUCUGUUGUAAUGCCAUCAGUGAAGCCAAAGUUCCUGUCAUUAGAAACCCUUCGCCGACUAUCAACUGCUAUGACCGCAACAAACAGGGUUGGUGUAUAGAGACUGAUAUGGAAGGAGAGCACAUGCGUCUGAAGUUGUUUUUCAUGGAUUUGCAUUCAGUUCCUCGCAAUCAUCUGCGAUAUAUCUCAUGGAUUGCUUAUGUAGUUACAAGAGAUCCAUUGAAUGGUGUCCGCGAAAGUAUUGUCGUAACAAAUCCGCCGCACAGUAACUAUUAUAUACAGGACGGCAUCGAUAUGGGAACUAUUAUGGAAACAGAUAUUAUAUCACAACAGAUAAGAGAUUCACCAAAAGUAUAUCUUGAAAUGGAAGGCCAGCUGACUGUCCAUAUUGAAUGGUGUGACUCAAUGAUGCUGUUUAACCACAUUUAUCAUAAAUACGAUGACCUCUCGCGUAUCCAUUGCCAACAAAUGCGACGUGAGAUAACAGCUCUGACAUCCGAAAACUAUAGUCUUGAGCGUCAAUUAUUAAGCUAUCAGAAGAGCAUAUCCUAUGCUAGUACUUCAUCGUCGGUGGCCUCACCAUCGCAAAGGGGGACAACAACCAGUUUAUUGGGUCAAAGGGCAAAGUCGGACGACUUUUUGCACGAUUCUGUACAAUAUGUGAGUAAUCAUCACAAGAGCUCAUCUCAACAACAACAACAACAUCAUCAUCACUAUCAUCAUCAAAGUGCUGCUGCUAUACAACCGACACCAUCACUACCACAUCAUAGACAAUAUGAAUCGGAUAGACAUUCACUGCAUUCAAUGACCAGUGAUGCUCACAAUUAUUGAAACGUUUGCACAAAUAUUAUUAUUAUUAUUAUUAUUGCCACAAACAUCAGCAC